UAAAGUGAAAUAGAUAUAUAUUUGAAAGUUAGUGAAAACAAGAAGGAACGUUCCGGUGCAGUCUAGUGCAGGAACAGAAAACAAACCUCAUUCCUACUUUCAUGUUGGUGGUGGACGUUUUAAUGUUCAAACAAUUCGAUGAAUUCGAACUGCGAAGUUUUCGAACCUGCAACGUAUUCAUUCCGCUGGUAAAAGAUAAUCCAGAUAUCUUCUGUGUCGUGUCGUUCCUUUUCCAUAAACAUGGCUAAGAGAAAAAGCAUUAAUCGAGGACUAAGACAAAGCUCCAGGCAUAGAUCCAGCGACUCUAUGAAUUCCGCACUUCUCGAUCCGGAUACAGAUAUCGUGGGUGAAGGACGAACAUUUUGGUGGAAUAAUUUGGAGGAAAGUACACCCCCGCGGUACUCCCGGCUUUACAGUAGAAACGAGACUGCUAGACAACUGAAUGGAAAUUCGCAAAUAGAUUCGACUCAGAGUCCUCCAGAGUGGUGGAAGAAUUUGGAAACCUCUAAUAGCAAGCAUCUUGCUUCAACAAAACACAAUUUUAGUGCAGGGAUAGUUAAAAGCAAUAUACUGCAAAUUUCGACAUCUGAGUCAGAAAAAGAAUCGGAGUGCAAUUUGAAAAAGGUUCAGCUGAAAGCCACGAAGAGAAAGAGCAUUAACAAUGCCUUCUUGAAAGCAUUAGAUGAUACCGAAACAGCUGUCAAUACUAUUGAAACUAACUCUUUGAAUUUAUCGCCCCCAAAUAUUGAAAAGGCAAUAUCUAAUGCUAAUGAGAUUGUUGUUUCUUCUCAUGCAAGUGAUGAAAGCAUAGAGAUUCCUUCUGAACGAACAUUUUGGUGCAAUAAUUUGGAGGAAAGUACACCCCUGCGGUACUCCUGGCUUUACAGUAGAAACGAGACUGCUAGACAACUGAAUGAAAAUUUGCAAAUAGAUUCGACUCAGAGUCCUCCAGUGUGGUGGAAGAAUUUGGAAACCUCUAAUAGCAAGCAUGCUGCUUCAACAAAACACAAUUUUAGUGCAGGGAUAGUUAAACGCAAUAUACUGCAAAUUUCGACAUCUGAAUCAGAAAAAGAAUCGGAGCGCAAUUUAAAAAAGGUUCAGCUGAAAGCCAUGAAGAGAAAGAGCAUUAACAAUGCCUUCUUGAAAGCAUUAGAUGAUACCGAAACAGCUGUCAAUACUGUUGAAACUAACUCUUUGAAUUUAUCGCCCCCAAGUAUUGAAAAGGCAAUAUCUAAUGCUAAUGAGAUUGUUGUUUCUUUUCAUGCAAGUGAUGAAAGCAUAGAGAUUCCUUCUGGAGCACACAAAAGCACUGAUCUAAGACUUGAAAUGGAAUCGUCUAAUGAUGAAGAUGCAGAACCUGCGAGGCAAACAAUUCAACAAAAUUCUACUUUACUGGAGGCUGGAACGAGCAGUAAGACAAUAAAUCAACAAAGCAUACAGAAUUCAAAUAGGGCUAGUAUUAGAGAGGGCAGAGAAAUUGCACGUAAAGUUGGAACAAGUGUAGGAACACGCAAAAGCACUAGUCUGAAGCUUGAAAUGGAAUCGUCUGAUGACGAAGAUGCAGAACCUGCGAGGGAAACAAUUCAACAAGAUUCUAUUUCAAUGGAGGUUGGAACGAGCAGUAAAACAAUAAAUCGACAAAGCAUACAGAAUUCAAAUAGAACUAGUAUUAGAGAGGGCAGAGAAAUUACAUGUAAAGUUAGAACAAGUGUAGGAACACGUAAAAGCACUAGUCUGAGGCUUGAAAUGGAAUCGUCUGAUGACGAAGAUGCAGAACCUGCGAGGGAAACAAUUCAACAAGAUUCUACUUCAAUGGAGGCUGGAACGAGCAGUAAAACAAUAAAUCGACAAAGCAUACAGAAUUCAAAUAGAACUAGUAUUAGAGAGGGUGGAGAAAUUGCACGUAAAGUUGGAACACGCAAAAGCACUGGUCUGAAGCUUGAAAUGGAAUCGUCUGAUGACGAAGAUGCAGAACCUGCAAGGGAAACAAUUCAACAAGAUUUUACUUCAAUGGAGGCUGGAACGAGCAGUAAAACAAUAAAUCGACAAAGCAUACAGAAUUCAAAUAGAACUAGUAUUAGAGAGGGUGGAGAAAUUGCACGUAAAGUUGGAACACGCAAAAGCACUGGUCUGAAGCUUGAAAUGGAAUCGUCUGAUGACGAAGAUGCAGAACCUGCAAGGGAAACAAUUCAACAAGAUUUUACUUCAAUGGAGGCUGGAACGAGCAGUAAAACAAUAAAUCGACAAAGCAUACAGAAUUCAAAUAGAACUAGUAUUAGAGAGGGCAGAGAAAUUGCACGUAAAGUUGGAACAAGUGUAGAAACACGCAAAAGCACUAGUCUGAGGCUUGAAAUGGAAUCGUCUGAUGACGAAGAUGCAGAACCUGCGAGGCAAACAAUUCAACAAGAUUCUACUUUAAUGGAGGCUGGAACGAGCAGUAAAACAAUAAAUCGACAGAGCAUACAGAAUUCAAAUAGAACUAGUAUUGGAGAGGGCAGAGAAAUUGCACGUAAAGUUGGAACAAGUGUAGGAACACACAAAAGCACUAGUCUGAGGCUUGAAAUGGAAUCGUCUGAUGACGAAGAUGCAGAACCUGCGAGGCAAACAAUUCAACAAGAUUCUACUUUAAUGGAGGCUGGAACGAGCAGUAAAACAAUAAAUCGACAGAGCAUACAGAAUUCAAAUAGAACUAGUAUUGGAGAGGGCAGAGAAAUUGCACGUAAAGUUGGAACAAGUGUAGGAACACACAAAAGCACUAGUCUGAGGCUUGAAAUGGAAUCGUCUGAUGACGAAGAUGCAGAACCUGCGAGGCAAACAAUUCAACAAGAUUCUGCUUUAAUGAAGGCUGGAACGAGCAGUAAAACAAUAAAUCGACAGAGCAUACAGAAUUCAAAUAGAACUAGUAUUGGAGAGGGCAGAGAAAUUGCACGUAAAGUUGGAACAAGUGUAGGAACACACAAAAGCACUAGUCUGAGGCUUGAAAUGGAAUCGUCUGAUGACGAAGAUGCAGAACCUGCGAGGCAAACAAUUCAACAAGAUUCUACUUUAAUAGAGGCUGGAACGAGCAGUAAAACAAUAAAUCGACAUAGCAUACAGAAUCCAAAUAGAACUAGUAUUGGAGAGGCCAGAGAAAUUGCACAUAAAGUUGGAACAAGUGUAGGAACACGCAAAAGCACUAGUCUGAGGCUUGAAAUGGAAUCGUCUGAUGACGAAGAUGCAGAACCUGCGAGGCAAACAAUUCAACAAGAUUCUACUUCAAUGGAGGCUGGAACGAGCAGUAGUAAAACAAUAAAUCGACAAAGCAUACAGAAUUCAAAUAGAACUAGUAUUAGAGAGAGCAAAGAACUUGUACGUAAACAAAAAAGUAAUUUAUUCAAGUCACUGCGAAAGAUAGACGACUUUUUCAAAGUAAAACAAACUCCAACAACACUGGAACACUCGAACGGACGUGUACAGAAAUCGCAAGUCUUCGAGAAAAUAGAGAAGAUUAAGACAGAGUUGGAGAAAAUAAAGACUCGAGAGAUGGCCGCCAUGCAUAUAGUGACCGAUAAGAAAAAAUUUCCGUUAAAAAAGAAAGAUAUGAAAUUUGUUAAAAAUCUUAAACAAGCCACGAAAAUGAAGCCACUCGUGAAUCAUACGAAAGUAGUGAACAAGGCAUUUCUAAUAAAUGGAAAGGUAUAUAGAGCACCGAGGCUUCCGCGACCGAAAUAUUGGGCAACAGAUCGUCUCUAUAAGUUUCUAUGGAAUCACAUGGAACCGAAUUACAAACUCGCGACGAGAGUGAAGUCCGAAAAAUUUGUACAGGUAUUAGCCAAGACGGUCGCUAUCAUUGAACGCCGUAAAAAUUAUGAAAUUUAUAAGGCUGAAGUAAAUGCUUUGAUGAGGGAAAUGGCACGGUUGAAUAUUAUUAAUACUCGUAAUGACUUUUAUCAUUUUUGUCAGGAAUUUAUGCCGUAUGAAUUCCGCAUUAAGGUCGUGCCUAUGUUAAUGCCCGGUAAUAAAAAUAAUAUUCCCUACAAUUCAGAACUGUUACACGUUCCCUUACUCGAUGUUAUUCAUAAGAAGUAACAUGUUGAAGAUAAUUACAGUGCGAUAGACUAUAUUAUUUUUGAAGCUUUGUAAUAUUCAUAAUAUCAUCAGCUUACAUAUGUAAUUAAAUUCUAUAUAAAAAAAUGUAUUGUUACUAAUAUGCUAUUGCUAUAAUAUAUUAUUGAUAAUAUUUUUUGAUAUAAAAAUGUAGGAGAAAAAAA